AUGAGUCCCGCACUUGGAAUUAUACCGCUUUUUGUCAAGAAGAAGUACGGCCUGGCAAAUGCUGCAGCGGUUUCAGGUGCCGCAACUGGCACUUUUAUUUUCACACCUCUGAAUCAACUGUUGUUGGAAACAUACGGUUGGCGUGGAACCCUGAUCGUCUUUUCCGCAAUCAACGCUAAUAUGUUUAUAUCUGGUGCAUUGUUCAGAACCCAUGUAACAAUAAACACAUCUCGUAACAAAGAAGACAAUGUCAAAAAUUGCGACAGUAAAAACACAAUCGACGAGACAAGUGGGUCUCAAAGUAGUUGCUGUUUUCCAUUAACAAGAGUGGUUACAGCAUUCGGGUUGAAAGUGUUCUGUAAUGUUCCUACGUUUGGCCUAUUGUGUAUAUGCAAGUUUUUUGGUGUUGGUUUGGGUUUUGUGAGUACCCCUGCGUACGUGGUGCUGUAUACCGCAAAUAUCAAACUGGCAUCACCGGAAAGACUUGCUUUAUUGGUUUCCAUAUUUGCAGCAGGCUCCAUUAUUGGAAGGUUGUCUCCACCGGCAAUUCUUUAUGUCAGUUGCAGUUGUCUGAACAGCACCCGAUUGUUCGGCAUUAGCCUCUUGCUAGCAGGCAUAUCAACACUGCUGAGUCCAUUUCUCGCGACCAGUUAUGGCAGUUAUUCUGUAUAUACAGCUUUAUUGGGAAUUUUUAGUGGAAUAUUCUUAACGCUAAUGUCCCACGUGAUAAAAGAUAGUACUGGUGGACUGAAUGUCACGGCGGGAUUCGGUCCUACGCUGGGAGGUAAGAUAUGCUCACGUAUUUUGGGACACUGUGCUCUGAUAGGUUCUACGCUGGGAGGUAAGAUAUGUUCAUGUAUUUUAAGACUCUUGGCGCUGAAAUGUCCUACGCUGAGAGGUGAGAUAUGUUCACGUAUUUUGGGACCCUUGGCACUGAAAGGUCCUACGCUGGGAGGUUUCAUAUACGACAAAACUGGUGAUUACAAAAACUCAUUUUAUUUCUAUGGUUCGUGCAUGACAUUUGCUGGUCUAUUGAUGUUAAUAUUAGAGCCAUGCAGCAGGAACGCUAUUAAGAAAAGUUCAAUCACUACCAAUGUAUUAACAACAGUUAGCAGUACACGGAAUCUGAUCGACAUUGCAACACAAACUGGUAGAGAAGACGGUGCUAUGUGA